AAUAUUAACUGUGACCGUAGCAAUUUUUGUUUAUCCGAUUUUUUUCUUAUAUUUUUUUGACAAUCUUGUAAAUAAAUCGGUGAAAUCAGGAAAGCUUUUCAAGUUCAGAGAGAAUUAUUGUAUCUAGUCUUUAUAGUUAUGAAUAGCUGAGAUGAAUGGUUUUAGUACUGAAGAGGAAACACCAAGCAGCCAUAACCAAAUUUGUUGCCUCUUAGAUGAAGGGGACAGAUGUACUCAGCCUGCUGGAAAUGCAAGUUAUAAUAAAAGAAUACAAAAAACUGUUGCACAGAAGAAGUUGAAAUUAAGCAUUGAUCCAAAUGCUCGUCAUAUCUACAUUUGUGAAUACCAUAAGAAUGUCAUCCAAAGUAUUAGAAAUAAACGGAAAUCUAUUAAAACUGAGGAUGAUGGUGCAAUGAAUGACCAAGAUAUGGACAUACCAGAAGUUGAUUUAUAUCAAUUGCAAGUGAGUGCUCUUAGAAGAUAUAAAAGACAUUAUAAAAUUCAAACUCGACAAGGAGUUAAUAAAGCUCAGCUUGCAGAGACUCUUUCACGCCAUUUCAAAACUAUUCCUGUGAUGGAAAAAGAAGCAAUUACUUAUUUUAUUUACAUGGUAAAGACUAAUAAAAAUAAACUGGAUCAGAAAAAUGGAGAAUCUUCAGGAAUUUAGUAGUCUCCCAUCUAUCAGGAACAGCAUUUAAAGUUUGUCAUUUUCAUCAAUGUUCUUCAACCUAUUGUUUUUCUUUCCAGUUUAUAUUUAUUUCACCUAACUCUGUUCACAAAAUAAAUCUUCCAUCCAUGAAGUUUAAUCAUUGUAUUUAAAAAACGCAUUUGCAUUUUUUCGAUUUCAGGUAUUCAAUGGUUUAAUGAAAUUUAUUGUGCAAGGAUGAACCUAUGUUAUAUUUAAUAAUGUGUGCUCUCGUUAAUUAGAAUUAUAAGUGAAGCACAUACAAUGAGAAAUAUAUUUUGAAUUAAUAGUCAAAAUUAUACAUUUUAGUUUACAGUGUGAUAAAAUAUUUGUUUAUUUUUACUAUUUAGUAAAAUCAUAAGAAACAUACAGAUUUUCUUCAAAUAAUGGCAAAUUGAACAUGUAACAAAGACAUAGAGUUAAUUGGUAAAGACUGUAUCAAUAGAGUAAAUUAAGUAAAUAUUCAGUCAUAAAUUUGAUUUUAAGAAUGUUUAUUUUUUCUUUGUAGAUAAUUCUGGAAUGUAUUAGCAUUAAAUAGUUUUUGAAAACUGCAAAAUUUUAUUUCUGGACAAAAGAUUUUAUGUAAUUAUUUUUCACAUAUUUUUUUUAAAAUAAAUUCUUAAAUAUAUUAACUCAUAAUUUUACAAAUUUUUAUUUUGCUAUUAAAGUGCAAAGAAAAAAUAUAUACUGUUCCAAGAAAGUAACAAUGUAAAUAAGUUACUACUAUUAUUAUUUAUCAAAUAUUGAUUUUUAAGCUAACUAAUGCAGGUUCUUGUGCCAAUUCCUACCAUUCUUUAAAAAUUGCAAUUCAAAUAAAUGCAUGAAUUAACAUACUAAAGAAUAUCAAUGAGUUCUAUACUCAAGGAUAAAAAUAUAUUGGUAAGAAAUUCUUAUAUAUAUUUUUUUUAAUAUUAAAUUUGAUGUUUAUUAUGAAAUUGCCCUCAACUGUGUAAAAAUCUAAUCAUUACAUCAUAAGUUAUCUAGAGGGAUUAGUUCUUCAUAAUAUAUUCUUGUACGUAGUGUUUUUAAAAUAUUGCAAGAUAAAGUUUAUUAUGACAAUGGGAACAAAAAGCUUAUAGUGACAUUAAAAUUUUACAAUGGUAUAAGUUUUAACGACAGAUAUAUAAAACUGACCCUACAUAUAAAUUUGUAAACGGACAUAUUUUUUAAUUAAAGUCAUGUAUAAUUUUUUUUUAAAUUAAAAAUCUCCCCAUAUAGCUUUGAUUGAUGUCUGGGGGAAAAAAACCUUUCUUUUUUUUGACUGUUGACAGUCUACCCUACUUAAAAAUGGCUAUGAUUUAUAUAUGGUUUUGUACUCACAAAUGCUAGUAUUUAACUUAAUGUUAUAAAUAUGGUUUUUAUAUUAGGUUUGCUCACAGCAUUUUGAUCAUCAAAUGUUUAGGUGCAUAUUUGUCAAAAGAUAAAUAAAAAAUUUUAGCAAAAAACAACAACUAUUAGAACUGAAUAGGUUUAAAUAUUAAUGACAUUAAUGUACAAAAAUGCACUGUGAAAUUACAUAUAUAUUACAGUGAAAAACUGUGCUGUAUGACUUGUUAUGACUUAAAAUAUUGUAUUAUGUUGAAAUUUUUUUAUCUUAGGUCUUGUGUGAGAACAAUUGUCUUUUUUUAAUUUUUUGAUUAGGCACUGAACUUGUCUGAUCUAGAAAAUCAUGUCUAUAAAAAUUCAAUGACAAAAUUUUCUUGCUCUUUUCCUGCUAGCAAAUUUGUCUAUGCUUACAGUAAUUAUAUAUAGUGCGACUUUCAGGAGAACUCCUCCAGGCAUCAGUCUCGCGUCGUGGCAAGUACCGUGGUUAUGAGGAAAAGUCACUUCAAAUAGGGGUGUGGUGUGAAUAGUUUUGUCUUGAUCUUGGCAUUAGUCAGUGUGAGUAAACUAAUCAACACCUUCAUUCCUCCAUUAGAAAUGUGCUCUCGCUUGUUACCAUGGCAACAGGCAUCCCCAGAUUUUUUGAGGAGUUCUCCUCAAGGCCGCAUUGUAUUUCACUCUUGAAAUAUUUUUUUUUAUCAUGUUUACAAACUUGAAAUGAAUUAGUUCAUAAUAUAAUAUUUGUUUGUGUUGAUCUUGUAUUUAGAAGCAAACAAUGUUUGAUUAUCAAUUUAGUUACCAAGAUAGACUAUCAUUGUUUAAUCAUAUUGUGUAACAUUUCUUAUUACUUUAAGCAAAACAUUGUUUAAAAUUCUGAUUACUUUACAUUCAACUGUUUCAAAAUGACAGAUAUUGUGUCAUUUUGAAAUCCUGUUUGUCGAACACUCUUUGAUGCUUGUGAAGCGACUAGUUCUAGGAUGAGUAUUUUUUUACUCUUGAUAUCGUCAAAAAUAAAUAAAUCAAAAUGAUCUGAAUAAAGAAAUAUUUAUUUUGUGUAAAGCAACAUUUGAUGCCUCCCAUCAUAUGUUAUGAACAUGAAAUAUUCAUAACAUUAAAUGAAAUGUUAUGAAUGAAUGUCACAUUAAAUGGUGUCUCAUUCAAGUAAUUAAAUUAAAAUUCUUUAUGUCACUUUUCUUGCAUCAAUCAUUAAGUACCACUGCAAUUUUAUUAAAAUACAAGAUAUUAAUGUGAAAAUGUUUAAAAUUUAUUUAAAUAAUUGUAUGUUAUAACAGUUUCUUUUAAAUAGGGGUGCACAACCUCUUAUAGAAGAAAACCACAAAAUUUUUUGGGCUCUCUGGGAUUGCAAGGAAUUUAGUAUUUUAGCAACUAAUCUAAGUUAUUACCUUAAUAUGGUUUGUCUUAAGGAAUACAAGGCAGCACGUAACAAAUUAUAUUUAAUUUUUGAAAAGUAUAAUAUUUUUUUAAGUUAAAAUUUUAUAAAUGUGAAGGGGUUUGCACUUUUUCUUUUAUUUUUAAUAAAAAAUCAGUUAAGUUGCAGGAAGAUUUCACCUUUCUUUGUAAAAAAUUAAUCUUAUUAUUUUUUAAUUGUUUAUAAAUUUUUUAUAUCUUUAAUUUUUAAUAAGUUCUUAAAUUACAGUUAUUUUGAGUGUUUUUCAAAUCUCGCCCCAUCUAAUUUCUUCUUUUUCGAACUAAAUUCUGGUGGUGAAGUGAGAACAUGAAUCAUUAAGGUUAGAUACCUGGCUGUCAUUACUGUAGCUCUUGUAUGUGCUAACUACAGGGAAAAAAAAUAAUUUUAAUUUUUUGAAGAAAAUGUUCCCUAUAAAAAUUGAAAGAUUUUUAAACCUUUUGACAUCUUGAAUUGUUUCCCCUACAUUCUGUAGUUUUAAUGCUAUAAUUAUUAUUAUAGUUAACUACUUUAAGAUCAUAACUCUUAAUAUUAUAACAUGUGUCUUCAGUUUCUUGAAAAUAGUUUGAUAAAAAAGCAAGAAAGUUUAAAAGAAGCUUCUAAUUAUGUUGUAUUUCAUUUAAAUUUCGAAUUAAAGGGAUCAACAGUCUUGAUAGCAUGUUGUGCACCCCUACUUUUUAACAGACUUUUGUAAGAAUAGGGCAUUCCAAAAACGACUGAGUAAUUAAAUAUCAUAAUCUAACUGAAGUAUUAAGUAAUGGUCAUUUUUACCUUCAGCUUUUGAAAUUAAUAUCAUCAAAGUAGCUGGUGUAAAUUGACUGUCAUAAAAUUUAGUUAUAUUGCUCCCUUUUUCAUAUGAGCUGGGUUUUUUUUUUUUUUUUUUUUUUGGGUAUNUUUUUUUUUUUUUUUGGAUUGCCUAAUAACAUGCAUUUUAGUUUUUAAUAAAAGUCAUAGUAGAAACUUUAAUUGCAUGCUUUAAUAAUUAUUUUUUAAGAGCUUUUAUGAUGCUUUGCAUAGGAAAGAAAGGCAACUCUUUAAAUUUUCUAAGACAUCUGAAUUGAAAUUCACAAAUACUUUUCUUUUAGGUGUAAUUUUGAAAAAUUUUAUAGUUGAUGAUUCAGCUUUAAUUUGCUUAAUUUAGUUUCAUGAAAUUUUAAAAUUGUAUUUUUUUAUAAGCUAAUGUUUUGAAUUUUAUCCUUUAUCUCAGUAUUUAUGUUAAAAAUAUCAAAUGCAAAUGUAAGAAACUUAUUCUAUUUUAUAUAUAUCUACAUAAAUUAAAGCAGAAAAACUAAGAAUUUUAAGUGUAUAUUAAUUUCAUUAGUUUUCUGCUAAUUUAUUUUGCUCCAAAAAUUUUCGCUUAUUUAAGCCUCUGCAUUUGGUAUUUCAUCACCAUUGCAAAUCAUUCAUUAAUCACUGUUGUAUCUCAAUAUUUAAUAACCAACCAUUUCAUUUCACGAUUACCAGUCAUUGUGUGGAAAUUAAACAUAAAUUAUGUUAAGUCUUUUAAAUUUUUUAGUAUUUAUUCUUGUUUAAUUUGCAGCUAUUUAAAGUUCUAAGAUCGCUUAAUAUUGACUUGCUAUUAUUUUUCUCCUUUCAUUUGUAAAUAUUUAUGAAGAAAUUUUAGUUGUAUUAAAAUAUUCAAUACAUUCUCUUUAUUGAUAAAUAAAAGAAGUGUUUCAUAUAUUUUAUUUCUUGAAUGCAUGUUUUUAAAAUUUAUUAAUUAUAAAUUAAUAAAAUUAUUAAUUUAUAAAUUAAUUAAUAAUUUUAUUAAUUAAUAUAUUAUUUCUUUUAUUUAAUUGUUACCUCACAAAUGUUUUGUUAUGUGUGUAUUGAACUAAUUUUAAACUAUUGUCACUAUUACAACUUAUGAAACUGUGCUGAUUUUGUAAAACUACAUUAUUAAAUUACUUUCAUAAAA